UCUGGAUUUUGUGUUCUCUAUUAUUUUUUAUUGAUCAACAUUUAUGCCUAUGCAACAAGUUAUUUCAGAGAACUAGUAUACUAUUGCAGGCACUGAUUCUUGACUUGCAUGUGGUUUGGUAUGGAUAGUGGAGGAGGGAGUAACUCUUCGUCUCCUAAGUCCAGUGAAGAGAAAGGGAAUGUUUGCCUGUCCCAGCAGCAAGCUGCUGAUCCUCCUCGCCAGUGCCUUCCAGUCAAAGACAAGUCUCUUCUCACUGAUAGGGCAAACUUAGCAGAGCCAAACAAUGCAGGGCUUGAAGAUUGUAGCAGUGUUUUGAAGAAGCCUUCUCUGCUCUCCAAGAACUCUGGCAACCGUCCUGAAGGAGAAGGCUUACUGAAUAUGGCUCCACUGCUACCACCUCUGCUUGCUCUGCAGCAGAUACAGCGUCAGGACUCAGAUCCUUCUGCAGAGUCUGCACCCAUGACAAUUGUUCAGCCAUCUUCAGCACCCACUUCCCCAAGUCAUCGCUAUUCAGAUUCCCCCCCAUCUCCAUCACCCAAAUCCCCUGGACACAGGAGCAUGGGAGGCAUGUCAACUAUUGCCUCAGACCCCAACUUCCUUGCCAGCAGUUUGAGGGAACGCAAUGCAGCGAUGCUCAACAAUGAGCUCAUGGCAGAUGUGCACUUUGUAGUAGGGCCACAGCCUAACCCAACUACCUUCCCAGCACACAGAUAUGUGCUUGCUGUGGGUAGCUCUGUGUUCUAUGCCAUGUUUUAUGGAGGCCUCAAGACUGAAGAGGAGGUUAUUGUUCCUGAUGUUGAACCUCAGGCUUUUCUUACUCUACUCAGGUACCUGUACUGUGAUGAGGUGGUGGUUGAGGCGGACACGGUGCUUGCCACACUCUACGCUGCCAAGAAGUAUCUGGUGCCGCACCUGGCAGCGCAGUGUGUCAAGUAUCUUGAGGUGUCAUUAACAGCACGCAACGCUUGCCUGCUGCUCUCACAGUCUCGGCUGUUUGAAGAGCCUGAGCUCAUGACGCGCUGUUGGGAGGUGAUAGAUGCGCAGGCUGAGAUGGCCCUUCAGUCGGACGGCUUCGUGGACAUCGACUAUCCCACGCUGCUGUCCGUGCUGUCUCGCGAGACCCUUAACUGCAGGGAGAUCGUGCUGUUCGAAGCAGCACUUAACUGGGCCGAGGCUGAGUGUGAGAGACAGGGUCUCGAGUGCACACCUGUGAACAAACGCAAGGUGCUGGGAGAAGCUUUGUCCCUGAUCCGGCUGCCGUGCAUGGAGCUUACUGAAUUCGCCAACGGAGCGGCACAGUCCGGCCUCCUCAGCCUUCAGGAAACUACUGACCUCUUCCUCUACUUUACUGCCUUUAAUAAGCCAGCUGUUUCUUACCCAACAAAACACAGGACGGGACUACGCAAACAAGUUUGCCACAGGUUCCAGUCGUGUGCGUACCGCAGCAACCAGUGGCGCUACCGCGGCCGCGUUGACUCCAUCAACUUCAUGGUCGACCGCCGCAUCUUCGUGGUGGGCUUCGGCCUGUACGGCUCCUCCAGUGGGGCUGCCGACUACACCGUCAGGAUAGAGCUCAAGAAGUAUGGCGAGGUGCUCGCGUCGCACAGCACCAAGUUCUUCAGCGACGGCUCGUCCACAACCUUCCCUGUCUACUUCCCUCACCCCGUCCAGGUGGAGCGCGACGUGUACUACACGGCGUCAGCGAUCCUGGACGGCACGGAGCUGUCCUACUUCGGGCAGGAAGGCGUAUCCGAAGUGAGCCUGCCGUGCGUGUCCUUCAUGUUCCAUUGCUCGUCCGAGUCCACCAACGGCACCGGCGUCCAGGGCGGCCAGAUCCCUGAGCUGAUCUUCUACGGACCCACCACUGAGAGGGAGGAGCUGCCAGAGCACCGGGACCUGGCCUAGUAUUGGGUCCAGGGCCUCCCCACCAGGAGGCGCUUCACUGAAGGCUCCGUCAGGCCCAAGCGACGGGGACAUGGCGGCAGGAACAGCAUCGCGGGGCCUGGGGAUCUUGAGGGUUCCCCGUGCCUGGAGAGGAGAGUGUGAGGGGGCAGAAGAAGAUGGAUAAGUAAGGGAAGAAUUGAGAGAGAAGGUAGAAAAUGGAGUGGUGAUGGAAAGGAGAUAGAUGUCCAGGAAAAGUUGAAAAAAGAUGAAUAAAUAUAGUGGAAGAGUAUCUGCGAAGGGGAUAGAAGGAAAGACGAGACGGAAGCAAGAAACGAGGUGUAGCGCACAACAGAGGAGGAAGUACGACGAUAUAUUAUGAGGCUAGGUGGGGAAGUUGGUGGUUGGGGUUAAUUAAGUGAUAUUGAUUUUCUGAUUGGAUUCCUCCACAAGUAUAUUGAUGCUCAAGUGACUUGGCUACAUCUUCUUCGCCAAGUAUAAAAAUAAAUUUUCUCUCAAUGGUCGGGAUUCUAUAGAAUGUCAAAUCGUUAACCACUGCUGUGUUAUCUCUUGCUUCUUCUAGGUCUUGGCUUUUUCUUGAAGAACAUUUUCGCUCGUGUAGCUUCCGUUGUACGCUAAUUUUAUAUCUUGGCCCAUGCGCUGCUACACUCCCAGUCAGGCCUAUCCAUUGUAUCUGGAAUCUCGCAGAAAUAUGCAUUCGAUAACCCACGUCCUCUUAUUUAUUCUAGAACAAUGGCCUGGUUUUUCAUUCGACAGCAAUUUUAAUGGCAGGGCUGAUGCUCUUAUGAAUGUGAUACUCGUAUUGCUUGCCUUGUGUGUGCGUCAACGUUGUAUGUUGAAAAUCGCUUUUAGUUUAACUAUUCGUUUUAAAACAGUUUGCUGUUAGCACA